AUGACUCGUUACGGUGCCACUUCAACCAACCCAGCUAAAUCAGCUUCAGCUCGUGGUUCAUACUUACGUGUUUCUUUCAAAAACACCAGAGAAACUGCUCAAGCCAUUAAUGGUUGGAAUUUAGAAAGAGCUCAAAAAUAUUUGACUCAAGUUUCAAAACAUGAAAGAGCUAUCCCAUUCCGUCGUUACAACUCAUCAAUUGGUAGAACCGCUCAAGGUAAAGAAUUUGGUGUUACCAAAGCUAGAUGGCCAGCAAAAUCUGUUAAAUUUGUUCAAGAAUUAUUAACAAAUGCUGCUUCAAAUGCCGAUGCUAAAGGUUUAGAUUUAUCAAAAUUAUAUGUUUCUCAUAUCCAAGUUAACCAAGCUCCAAAACAAAGAAGAAGAACUUACAGAGCUCACGGUAGAAUCAAUGCUUACUCUUCUCAACCAUCUCAUAUUGAAUUAGUUUUAACUGAACAAGAUGAAGUUGUUGAAAAAGCUAAAACUGAAGUUUCAACAAGAUUAAACAACAGACAAAGAGCUAGAUUAGCUACUCAAAAAAGAAUCACUGCUUAA